AUGGGUUCCCUGUGGAGCUGGUGGACGCUGUGGGCCGGAGUCGCCCUCCUAUGGGGGUCAACCCAGCAGGCCGCUGUGAACCACAAGAAUGCCAGGGGACAGGAAUUCCUCGCGGCCUUCCUGCAGAACUACGAACUCGGCUAUAGUCAGGCCAGCCUCCAUCUGUUCCUUACCAGUAUGUCAGACCAACCGGCCUUCGUGUCUGUCCUCAGUCAGGCUGACGACACCUUGCAGAAUGUCACCGUGGGCCCCGGGCAGUCGGUCAUGGUCAACAUCAGCAGCCAGGCCGAGAUGACGAGCAGUGCCACCUUCCAGAGUGCGGUGGUGGUCCGCUCAGACCAUCCCAUCUCCGUGCAGGCCGUCAGCGUGAAGCCCAAGACGGCCGAGCUGACGCUGCUGCGGCCAGUCAGUGAGCUGGGCACUGAGUACUUCGUGCUCACGCCAUCCAGCUCAUCGGCCAAAUUUGUCAAGGAGUUUGCAGUGGUGGCAGGGUACGCGGGGGCCGACAUCCAUGUGCAGCUGAAGGGAUCCGUCACGUUCCAGGGUAAGUUCUAUCCAACUGGUAAGGUCCUGAGCAUCACUCUGCAGCCCUAUCAGGUGGCCCAGAUCCAGAGCGACAUGGACCUCUCAGGGUCAAAGGUCACGUCCAGCAGCCCUGUGGCUGUCUUCUCCGGCCACAGCUGCGCCCAGAAGCACACGAGCUGUAACCACGUCAUGGAGCAGCUGCUCCCCACGUCGGCCUGGGGCACCCAGUAUGUGGUGGCCACCUUGGCCUCGCAGACCCGCUACGAUCUGGCCUACGUGCUGGCCAGCCAGCCCACGAAGCUGACCUAUAACCAGGGGGGCACUGUUGGCUCCCGUGGGCUCCAGGAAGGUGACGUGGUUGAGUUUGAGAUCCAGCCCUCUCGGCCCCUCUACCUGACGGCGGACGUGGGCAUCCAGGUCCUGGCAUUCGGCACCGGAGCUACCAGGAACAACGUGACCUAUGACCCAUACCUGGCCGUAGUGCCAGACGUGGCUUCCUACUGUGAUUCCUACGUGGUCAAGACCAUGCCAGGCUCCCAGAGUGUGGCCCUGGUAGUGGUGCCCCAGAAGGCUGUGAACCAGCUGACCGUGGACGGCCAUGUGCUUGGAGCCAACCUCAACUGGGUCCCAGUAGCAGGCAGUGAUUUCUCCUUCACCGAAGUGGACCUGGGCACAGAGGACAGGACCCAUCUGGCUGAGGCCCCCGCCCGCUUCGGGCUGCUUACCUUCGGGCUGGAGCAGGCUGUGGGCUUCGGGACCGCCGGUGCCUGCAGCUCUACCUCGCUCUCCCCAGGAGUAGCCUCCUGUGAAAACCACAAGUGCCCUUCGGGAGAGCACUGCGAGGUGGUCGACGGUAAAGCCCACUGUGUGGCAGACCUGAAGGUCACCUGCUACGUCCAGGGGGACCCUCAUUACACCACCUUCGACGGGCGCCGCUACGACAUGAUGGGCACAUGCACCUACACCAUCUCUGAGCUGUGCAGCGAUGAGGGCGACCUGCCCGCCUUCAGCGUGGAGGCCAAGAACGAGCACCGCAGCAGCCGCCUCGUGUCCUACGUCGGCUACGUCACCGUGCGUGCCUACGGGCACUCGGUGUCGCUGGCCCGCGGGGAGGUCGGCCUCGCAAGGAUCGACAACCAGCGCUCUCGGCUGCCUGUCUCGCUGGACAACGGUCGCAUGCAUGUGUACCAGAGCGGCCGCCAGGGCAUUGUGGAGCUGAGCUUUGGGCUGGUGGUCACCUACGACUGGGACUGCCAGCUGACUGUGACCCUGCCCGCCGCCUUCCGGGACAAAGUAUGCGGCCUCUGUGGCAACUACAACGGCAACCCCAAGGAUGACUUCCUCACACCCGACUUGGAGCAGGCGUCCAACCCUGUGGAACUGGCCAGCAGCUGGAGGCUCGAUGAUGGAGACUUCUUGUGUGAUGAUGGCUGUGAGAACGACUGCCCAUCUUGCACCCCGGGCCAGGCCCAGCACUACGAGGGUGACCGGCUCUGCGGGAUGCUGACCAAGAAGAAGGGUCCCUUUGCCGCCUGCCAUUCUGCCCUGGACCCCGAGUCCUUCCUCAAAGAUUGUGUCUAUGACCUCUGUGUGGUGGACGGUGACCGGCCCAGCCUCUGUCGCAGCCUCAGCGCCUAUGCCCAGGCCUGUCUGGAGAAGGGCAUCGUCGUUGGUGACUGGAGGGGACCGGCCAACUGCCCUCUGUGCUGUCCCCCCAACAGCCAGUACGACCCCUGUGGCCCUGCCUGCCAGGCCUCCUGCAACCCUGCGGCCAUGCCCUCCAACUGCUCGGCGCUCCCUUGUGUCGAGGGCUGCGUGUGCCUCCCCGGAUUCGUGGCCAGCGGCGACGCCUGUGUGCCAGCCUCUUCCUGUGGUUGCAUCUUCCAGGGCCUCCUGCUGGCCCCUGGCCAGGAGGUGUGGGCAGACCAGCGGUGCCGUCGCCGCUGCGUCUGUGAUGGCACCACCCACCAGAUGCGCUGCAGCGACACCCAGGGCUGCCCGGAGGGAGAGCAGUGCCUCGUCCAGAACGGCAUCCUGGGUUGCUACCCCGACAGCUUCGGGACCUGCCAGGCCAUUGGAGACCCGCACUACUACACCUUCGACGGCCGGCGCUUGAACUUCAUGGGCACCUGCACGUACCUGCUGACCGGCUCGUGUGGCCAGGCUGCUGGGCUGACCUCCUUCCGCGUGCUGGUGGAGAAUGAACAUCGUGGCAGCCAGACCGUGAGCUACACGAAAGCCGUGCGUGUGGAGACCCUGGGCGUGACUGUGGAGAUACGUCGGGAGCACCGUGGCCAAGUGCUGGUGGAUGGCGUCCUUUACUACCCACCCUACCAGGCAGCUGGUGGGAAGAUACAUAUUUACCGCCAAGGGGCAGAUGCCGUGGUGCGCACAGAGUUUGGCCUGACAGUCAGCUACAACUGGAACGCCCAGGUGAUCGUCAAGGUGCCAAGCAGCUAUGCUGGGGCCCUGUGUGGGCUCUGCGGGAACUUCGAUGGGGACGCAAGUAACGAGCUGACCCUGCGAGGUGGUGGCCAGACCACCAGUGUUCUGGAGUUUGGAAACAGUUGGCAGGAAGAGGCCACGCCAGGCUGCAAUGCAACUGAGCCCGGUGACUGUCCCAACCUGGAGAGCCUGGUGACUGAGCAGCUGAAGAACAAGACGAAGUGUGGGAUCAUUGCCGACCCUGACGGGCCCUUCCAGCAGUGCCACUCGGUCCUGGAGCCCCAUGAUGCUGUGUAUGACUGCGUCUAUGACCACUGCCUGAUGCCAGGAGAGUCUGGGUUGUGUGAUGCCUUGGCUGCUUAUACUGCUGCGUGUCAGGCUGCUGGAAUCACUGUGUACCCCUGGAGGAACAAGACAUUUUGCCCGAUGCAGUGCCCGCCUCACAGCCACUAUGAGCUGUGCUCCAUGGGUUGCCCAAUGUCCUGCGGUGACCUGCCGGUGCCAGGGGGCUGCGGCCAGGACUGCCACGAGGCUUGCGUGUGCGACGAGGGCUUCGUGCUGAGCGGCGACAUCUGCGUGCCCCGUAACAACUGUGGCUGCGCCUACCAGGGCGCCUACUACCCGCUGGGCCAAACCUUCUACCCCGGCCCCGACUGCAGCUCCCUGUGCCACUGCCAGCAGGAUGGCGUGGUGUCCUGCCAGGCCGCUGGCUGCGGCCCGCACGAGGCCUGCCGACCCAGCAACGGUACGCUGGGCUGCGUGUCAGUGGGGUCGGUCACCUGCGAGGCGUCGGGAGACCCCCACUACACCACCUUCGACGGCCGCCGCUUCGACUUCAUGGGCGCCUGCCUGUACGUACUCGCUAGCACAUGCAGGAGCCGGCCCGGCCUGCCCCAGGCCCCCAGCCUGCCCCAGUUCACAGUCCUGCAGGAAAACGUGCACUGGAACGGGGACCGCGUGAGCGUGACCAAGGCCAUCACCGUGAUAGUGGGGAACUACACCCUGCGGCUGGAACAGAAUCUGUGGAAGGUCACGGUGAACGGCGUGGACAUGAAUCUGCCGGUGGUGCUGAACAACGGCGAAAUCCGUGUCUCCCAGCACGGCUCAGACGUGGCGAUCGAGACCAACUUCGGCCUGCGCGUGACCUACGACCUCAAGUACUAUGUGCGGGUCACGGUCCCGGGCAGCUACUACCAACAGCUGUGCGGCUUGUGUGGAGACUACAACGGCGACCCCAAGGAUGAUUUCCAGAAGCCCGAUGGCUCCCAGGCCAGCAACCCCAACGACUUCGGCAACUCCUGGGAGGAGAAGGUGCCUGGCUCGCCAUGCCUGCCGGCGCCCCCCACCACCUGCCAGCCCGGUGGGGACUGCGGGGAAGGUGCGGUGUGCACGCCCGAGCAGCAGCAGCAGUUCCAGCAGGACGGUUUCUGCGGCUUCCUCACUAACCCCAACGGGCCACUGGCCGCCUGCCACUCGUUUAUCGACCCUGAGGGUGCCCUGCAGGACUGCGUGUUCGACAUGUGCGUGGGCAACGGGAACCAGAGCAUCCUCUGCUCCACCAUCCACGCCUAUGUGAGUGCCUGCCAGGCCGCAGGGGGCCAGGUGAAGCCCUGGAGGAACGAGUCGUUCUGCCCCAUGAUCUGUCCCCCCAACAGCCACUACGAGAUCUGUGCAGACACCUGCUCUCUGGGGUGCUCUGCACUCAGCGUACCCCCACAUUGCCCCGACAGCUGUGCUGAGGGCUGCCAGUGUGACCCCGGCUUUCUCAACAGUGGCAACGCCUGCGUGCCCGAACAGGACUGUGGCUGCUUCCACAAUGGCAUCUACUAUGAGCCAAACACGACUGUGCUCCUGAACAACUGCCGGCUGCGGUGUGUGUGCCACGGUGCCAAAGCCAUGGUGUGCCGCAGCCACACCUGCCUCCCGCAUGAAGUGUGCGAGCCUUCAGGAGGUGUCCUGAGCUGCAUCAGCAAAGACCCGUGCCACGGUGUUACUUGCAGACCCCAAGAGAAGUGCGAGGAGAAAGACGGCCAGGGCGUGUGUGUGCCCAACUACCAGGCCGUGUGCUUGGUCUGGGGAGACCCCCACUACCAGUCCUUCGAUGGCCGGAACUUCAACUUCCAGGGUACCUGCGACUACGUGCUGGCCACCACUGAGUGUCCGACAGGCAAUGCCACAGGCCUGACCCCCUUCACCAUCACCACCAAGAAUGAGAACCGCGGCAACCCCGCUGUGUCCUACGUGAAGCAGGUCACUGUGAGCACGCUCGGCGUCAACAUCUCCAUCCACAAAAAAGAGAAGGGCCAUGUCCGGGUGAACCAAGUGCUCACAGCUCUGCCAGUCUCCGAGGCCGGCGGGCGCAUUACCGUGACCCAGGGACCUGGCAAGGCCGUGCUGGUCACCAACUUCGGGCUGCAGGUCACCUACGAUUGGAAUGCGCGGGUGGAGGUGACGCUGCCCAGCAGCUACUCUGACGCCGUGUGCGGGCUCUGCGGGAACAUGGACCGCAACGUCAGCAAUGACCGAGUCUUCCCCAACGGCACCCUGGCUCCCUCGAACACCGCAUGGGGUGGCAGCUGGAGAGUCCCCGACUCGGACCCCUUCUGCUGGGACGAGUGUCAGGGCUCCUGCCCGUCCUGCUCCGAGGACCAGCUGGAGCAGUUCAGCGGCCCUGGCUUCUGCGGGCCCCUGGCCUCUGGCUCCGGAGGCCCCUUCGCCGCCUGCCAUGCCCACGUGCCUCCCGAGAGCUACUUCAAGGGCUGUGUCAUAGACGUGUGCUUCGGUGGUGGAUCCCAGGACAUACUCUGCCAGGCACUGGCGGCCUAUGCUGCCGCCUGCCAGGCCGCGGGGGUAGUCAUCGAGGACUGGAGGACGCAGCUUGGCUGUGAAAUGCCCUGCCCCCAGAACAGCCACUACGAGCUCUGCGGCAACCCCUGCCCGGCCAGUUGCCCCUCUCCUCUCCCGCCCCCCGAGCCCGCUCAGUGCGAGGGCCCCUGUGCUGAGGGCUGCCAGUGUGACGAAGGCUUCGUGCUGAGCGCCGGCCAGUGCGUGUCCCUGGACAGUGGCUGCGGCUGCUGGGUCAAUGGCACUUACCACGAGGCUGGCAGUGAGUUCUGGGCCGACAGCACCUGCUCCCAGCGCUGCCGCUGCGGCCCCGGAAACAGCUCCGUGGUCUGCUCGCCCGCCAGCUGUGGGCAGGGUGAAGAAUGCGGCCUGCUUCCAUCUGGCCAGCUCGGCUGCCGCCCAACCAGCACAGCCGAGUGUAAGGCCUGGGGCGACCCCCACUACCUCACUCUGGAUGGGCACCGAUACAACUUCCAAGGCGCCUGUGAGUACCUGCUGAGCGCGCCCUGCCAUGGGCUGCCCCAUGGCCUGGAGAACUUCACCGUCACCGUCGCCAACGAGCACCGCGGCAGCCAGGCAGUGAGCUACACCCGCAGCGCCAGCCUCUACAUCUAUAAUCACAACCUGACGGUCAGCUCCCGCUGGCCCCGCCAGCUGCAGGUGGAUGGUGUGCUGGUGGCACUGCCCUUCCAGCUGGACUCGCGCCUGCAUGCAUACCUGAGCGGCAGGGACGUGGUGGUGAAGGCUGCCAAUGGGAUCUCAAUGGCCUACGACGGCAAGAGUGACCUGCGCCUGCGUGUGCCCGCAGCAUACCAGGGCAUCCUCUGUGGCCUGUGUGGGAACUACAACCAGAAUGCAACGGACGACCCGCAGGCAGUGGGCAAGAAUCCUGGCCAGUGGCAGGUGGGCGGCACCGAAGACUGUGACAAGUGCGUGCCCGGGCCGUGCCCGCCACAGUGCACGCCCGAACAGCAGGCACAGUUUGCUGGACCCGACGCCUGUGGUAUCAUCUCAGCCCCCAACGGCCCGCUGGCACCCUGCCACCACCUCGUGCCACCUAACCAAUUCUUUGAGGCCUGUUUGCUGGAUGCUUGCCAGGCACAGAACAACCAGGAAGGGCUCUGUCAAGCAGUGGCCGCCUAUGUGGCAGCCUGCCAGGCCGCUGGGGCCCAGAUCGAUGAGUGGAGACGUCCUGACUUCUGUCCCCUCCAGUGCCCAGCCAACAGCCACUACCAGCUCUGUGGGGACUCCUGCCCCAUAAGCUGCCCAAGCCUGUCCACCCCGGAGGGCUGCGACUCAGCCUGCAUCGAGGGCUGUGUGUGUGACCCAGGCUUCGUGCUCAGCGGGGACACCUGCGUGCCUGUGGGCCAGUGCGGCUGCCUCCAUGAGGGCCGCUACUACCCGCUGGGUCAAACCUUCUACCCCGGCCCCGACUGCAGCUCCCUGUGCCACUGCCAGCAGGAUGGCGUGGUGUCCUGCCAGGCUGCCGGCUGCGGCCCGCACGAGGCCUGCCGACCCAGCAACGGUACGCUGGGCUGCGUGUCAGUGGGGUCGGUCACCUGCGAGGCGUCGGGAGACCCCCACUACACCACCUUCGACGGCCGCCGCUUCAACUUCAUGGGCGCCUGCCUGUACGUACUCGCUAGCACAUGCAGGAGCCAGCCCGGCCUGCCCCAGGCCCCCAGCCUGCCCCAGUUCACAGUCCUGCAGGAAAACGUGCACUGGAACGGGGACCGCGUGAGCGUGACCAAGGCCAUCACCGUGAUAGUGGGGAACUACACCCUGCGGCUGGAACAGAAUCUGUGGAAGGUCACGGUGAACGGCGUGGACAUGAAUCUGCCGGUGGUGCUGAACAACGGCGAAAUCCGUGUCUCCCAGCACGGCUCAGACGUGGCGAUCGAGACCAACUUCGGCCUGCGCGUGACCUACGACCUCAAGUACUAUGUGCGGGUCACGGUCCCGGGCAGCUACUACCAACAGCUGUGCGGCUUGUGUGGAGACUACAACGGCGACCCCAAGGAUGAUUUCCAGAAGCCCGAUGGCUCCCAGGCCAGCAACCCCAACGACUUCGGCAACUCCUGGGAGGAGAAGGUGCCUGGCUCGCCAUGCCUGCCGGCGCCCCCCACCACCUGCCAGCCCGGUGGGGACUGCGGGGAAGGUGCGGUGUGCACGCCCGAGCAGCAGCAGCAGUUCCAGCAGGACGGUUUCUGCGGCUUCCUCACUAACCCCAACGGGCCACUGGCCGCCUGCCACUCGUUUAUCGACCCUGAGGGUGCCCUGCAGGACUGCGUGUUCGACAUGUGCGUGGGCAACGGGAACCAGAGCAUCCUCUGCUCCACCAUCCACGCCUAUGUGAGUGCCUGCCAGGCCGCAGGGGGCCAGGUGAAGCCCUGGAGGAACGAGUCGUUCUGCCCCAUGAUCUGUCCCCCCAACAGCCACUACGAGAUCUGUGCAGACACCUGCUCUCUGGGGUGCUCUGCACUCAGCGCACCCCCACAUUGCCCCGACAGCUGUGCUGAGGGCUGCCAGUGUGACCCCGGCUUUCUCAACAGUGGCAACGCCUGUGUGCCCGAACAGGACUGUGGCUGCUUCCACAAUGGCAUCUACUAUGAGCCAAACACGACUGUGCUCCUGAACAACUGCCGGCUACGGUGUGUGUGCCACGGUGCCAAAGCCAUGGUGUGCCGCAACCACACCUGCCUCCCGCAUGAAGUGUGCGAGCCUUCAGGAGGUGUCCUGAGCUGCAUCAGCAAAGACCCGUGCCACGGUGUUACUUGCAGACCCCAAGAGAAGUGCGAGGAGAAAGACGGCCAGGGCGUGUGUGUGCCCAACUACCAGGCCGUGUGCUUGGUCUGGGGAGACCCCCACUACCAGUCCUUCGAUGGCCGGAACUUCAACUUCCAGGGUACCUGCGACUACGUGCUGGCCACCACUGAGUGUCCGACAGGCAAUGCCACAGGCCUGACCCCCUUCACCAUCACCACCAAGAAUGAGAACCGCGGCAACCCCGCUGUGUCCUACGUGAAGCAGGUCACUGUGAGCACGCUCGGCGUCAACAUCUCCAUCCACAAAAAAGAGAAGGGCCAUGUCCGGGUGAACCAAGUGCUCACAGCUCUGCCAGUCUCCGAGGCCGGCGGGCGCAUUACCGUGACCCAGGGACCUGGCAAGGCCGUGCUGGUCACCAACUUCGGGCUGCAGGUCACCUACGAUUGGAAUGCGCGGGUGGAGGUGACGCUGCCCAGCAGCUACUCUGACGCCGUGUGCGGGCUCUGCGGGAACAUGGACCGCAACGUCAGCAAUGACCGAGUCUUCCCCAACGGCACCCUGGCUCCCUCGAACACCGCAUGGGGUGGCAGCUGGAGAGUCCCCGACUCGGACCCCUUCUGCUGGGACGAGUGUCAGGGCUCCUGCCCGUCCUGCUCCGAGGACCAGCUGGAGCAGUUCAGCGGCCCUGGCUUCUGCGGGCCCCUGGCCUCUGGCUCCGGAGGCCCCUUCGCCGCCUGCCAUGCCCACGUGCCUCCCGAGAGCUACUUCAAGGGCUGUGUCAUAGACGUGUGCUUCGGUGGUGGAUCCCAGGACAUACUCUGCCAGGCACUGGCGGCCUAUGCUGCCGCCUGCCAGGCCGCGGGGGUAGUCAUCGAGGACUGGAGGACGCAGCUUGGCUGUGAAAUGCCCUGCCCCCAGAACAGCCACUACGAGCUCUGCGGCAACCCCUGCCCGGCCAGUUGCCCCUCUCCUCUCCCGCCCCCCGAGCCCGCUCAGUGCGAGGGCCCCUGUGCUGAGGGCUGCCAGUGUGACGAAGGCUUCGUGCUGAGCGCCGGCCAGUGCGUGUCCCUGGACAGUGGCUGCGGCUGCUGGGUCAAUGGCACUUACCACGAGGCUGGCAGUGAGUUCUGGGCCGACAGCACCUGCUCCCAGCGCUGCCGCUGCGGCCCCGGAAACAGCUCCGUGGUCUGCUCGCCCGCCAGCUGUGGGCAGGGUGAAGAAUGCGGCCUGCUUCCAUCUGGCCAGCUCGGCUGCCGCCCAACCAGCACAGCCGAGUGUAAGGCCUGGGGCGACCCCCACUACCUCACUCUGGAUGGGCACCGAUACAACUUCCAAGGCGCCUGUGAGUACCUGCUGAGCGCGCCCUGCCAUGGGCUGCCCCAUGGCCUGGAGAACUUCACCGUCACCGUCGCCAACGAGCACCGCGGCAGCCAGGCAGUGAGCUACACCCGCAGCGCCAGCCUCUACAUCUAUAAUCACAACCUGACGGUCAGCUCCCGCUGGCCCCGCCAGCUGCAGGUGGAUGGUGUGCUGGUGGCACUGCCCUUCCAGCUGGACUCGCGCCUGCAUGCAUACCUGAGCGGCAGGGACGUGGUGGUGAAGGCUGCCAAUGGGAUCUCAAUGGCCUACGACGGCAAGAGUGACCUGCGCCUGCGUGUGCCCGCAGCAUACCAGGGCAUCCUCUGUGGCCUGUGUGGGAACUACAACCAGAAUGCAACGGACGACCCGCAGGCAGUGGGCAAGAAUCCUGGCCAGUGGCAGGUGGGCGGCACCGAAGACUGUGACAAGUGCGUGCCCGGGCCGUGCCCGCCACAGUGCACGCCCGAACAGCAGGCACAGUUUGCUGGACCCGACGCCUGUGGUAUCAUCUCAGCCCCCAACGGCCCGCUGGCACCCUGCCACCACCUCGUGCCACCUAACCAGUUCUUUGAGGCCUGUUUGCUGGAUGCUUGCCAGGCACAGGGCCACCAGGAAGGCCUCUGUCAAGCAGUGGCUGCCUAUGUGGCAGCCUGCCAGGCCGCUGGGGCCCAGAUCGAUGAGUGGAGACGUCCUGACUUCUGUCCCCUUCAGUGCCCGGCCAACAGCCACUACCAGCUCUGUGGGGACUCCUGCCCCGUAAGCUGCCCAAGCCUGUCCACCCCAGAGGGCUGCGAGCCAGCCUGCAUCGAGGGCUGCGUGUGUGAUGCCGGCUUCGUGCUCAGCGGGGACACCUGCGUGCCUGUGGGCCAGUGCGGCUGCCUCCAUGAGGGCCGCUACUACCCGCUGGGUCAGACCUUCUACCCUGGGCCCGAAUGCGGGCGGCGCUGUGAGUGCAGGCCAGGCGGCAAGGUUCACUGCCAGCAGGGCACUACGUGCAGACCCUACGAGGAGUGCCGGGUGCAGGACGGUGUCCAGGCCUGCUUCCCGACUGGCUGUGGCCGCUGUGUGGCCAGCGGGGGAGUCCACUAUAUCACCCUGGACGGCCGCGUCUAUGACCUUCACGGCUCCUGCUCCUAUGUCCUGGCCCGGGUCUGUUGGCCUCAGCCCGGAGACGAGGACUUCUCCAUUGUGCUCGAGAAGGACGCAGCCGGGGAUGUCCAGCGCCUGCUGAUAACGGUGUCUGGUCUGGCUGUGAGCCUGGGCCGAGGGUCACAUGUGACUGUGGAUGGUGAGGUGGUGACCCUGCCGGUGGCCGUGGGCUCAGUGCGGGUGACCGCCGAGGGUCGGAACAUGAUUCUGCAGACCACCGAGGGGCUGCGGCUUCUCUACGAUGGGGAGGCCUACGUUCUCAUCUCCAUUCCCAGCUCCUUCCGGGACCGUGUGUGCGGCCUCUGUGGCAACUUCAACGGCAACUGGAGCGAUGACCUGGCGCUGCCCAACGGCCAGCUGGCCUCCAGUGUGGAGACCUUCGGAGCGGCCUGGCGCACGCCCAACUCCCCGCCGGGCUGCACUGAGGGCUGUGGGCCCCAGGGCUGCCCCGUGUGCCUGGCGGAGCAGACCGCCCCCUAUGAGAGCCUGCAAGCCUGCGGGCGCCUCCAGGACCCCAACGGCCCCUUCAAGGCCUGCCAUGACGUGCUGAACCCCUCAGAGUACUUCCGCCAGUGUGUGUACGACCUGUGCGCCUACAAGGGCAACUUCACCUACCUGUGCCGCAGCCUUGCUGCCUACACCGCUGCCUGCCAGGCGGCUGGCGUGGAGGUGAAGCCCUGGAGGACCGACAGCUUCUGCCCGCUGCAGUGCCCGGCCAACAGCCACUACUCCAUCUGCACCCACACGUGCCAGGGAUCGUGUGCUGGUGUCUCCGGCCUCACAGGCUGCACGGGCCGCUGCUUUGAGGGCUGUGAGUGCAACGACCGCUUCCUGCUCUCCCAGGGUGUCUGCAUCCCCAUCCAGGACUGCGGCUGCUCUGUGGACGGCCGAUAUUUGCCGACCAACACCUCUCUGCUGAGCUCGGACUGCAGCAAGCGCUGCUUCUGCUCUGCCAGCGGCCUCCUGAGCUGCCAGGCAGCCGGUUGCCCACAGAACCUCACCUGUGAAGUCCAAGCCGGGUCCCGGGACUGCUGGGUCCCCCACGAUCUCUGUUCCCUCUCCCCGGGCGGCAAACUCACCACCUUUGACGGCUUCAAAAACACCAUCACCUCCCCCGGCGUCUAUGAGGUGUCCUCCCGCUGCCCGGGACUCAAGGACAUCAUCCCCUGGUACCGAGUGCUGGCUGAUGUCCACAGCUGCCAUGACAAGCUGGAGGCUGUGCGCCUGGUACACGUCUUCUUCCAGGACGGGCUAGUGACCUUGACCCCCAGCAAUGGCGUGUGGGUGAACGGCGUCCAGGUGAACCUGCCUGCCAAGGUGCUGACAUCUAUCUCAGUGACCCGCCAGCCCGACGGCUCGAUGGUGGUGCAGCAGAAGGGAGGAGUUCGGGUCCAGUUCCAUCCCAGCGGGAAGCUGGAUGUAAUGGUCGGGCAGACCCAUGCAGGCAUGCUGUGCGGGGCCUGUGGAAACUUUGAUGGGGACCAAGCCAACGACAAACCCCAAGACCAGACCUGGAGAGCGCCUGACUUCUCCUCCUGGUGA